AGUAUUCUUGUCCAUUAAGUCUCGGCGGAUUAAACAAAAAAAAAAAAAGGUCAGGCCUUUGGAGGUCUCGGUAGUUUCUUGACAUUUUCUGUAUCUCACACACAAUUGGGUAUUUAGCUGACACGACGAAGGAGGUCGCAAUUAUCUGAGAUUUUUAUAAAAGCUCCGAUUCGUGGAGAUUCAUAAAUCAGAUGGAAGACGAUAUGUGGUGCGUUAGCUCAUCUGGUUCUUCAAGAAGCUAUCGAUCAGAAACUGCUGCUAAGUAUCAAUCAGGGCCUUAUCUAGAUUUGGAAGAGUUUGAAGAAGUUGACGAUAUAGCAGUGGAGUACCCAUGCCCGUUUUGCGCGAGUGGUUAUGAUAUAAUUGAAUUGUGUCACCAUAUCGACGAAGAACAUCAUCUUGAAGCUAACAAUGGGAUAUGUCCUGUUUGUAGCAAAAGGGUGAAGAUGCAUAUGGUGGAUCAUAUAACAUCACAUCAUAGAGAUGUCUUGAAGAGUGAGCAGAAGGAAAUGUCGUACAGGGAAGAUCCAUAUUCAUCUGAUAAAUAUUUUCAACCUCCUCUUGAUGAGUCGCCACCAUCUAUGAAUCGUCAUCAUCGUACCUCUAAUUUUGUUGUUUCCGAUCAAUUUUUAUCGUUCAUCGACAAUUCUGCGUUACCAAAUCAGACCAAGCUUGUGCAGCCUGAUUCAAGUGUAGAAAACAAGAAUCUGAUUAAGGAUUCGUCAACAGCAAAAGAAGGGACAUCGUCGUCUCCUUUAUCGGAUAGUGAUAAAUUGGAGAAGGCAAAGAAGUGUGAGUUUGUACAGGGACUAUUGUCAUCAGCCAUGUUUGGUGAUGAAUGCGACUUCUUCUGAGUAAAAAAAAGUAAAAUAAAGAUGUGAAGUCGCCAAUGGGGAAGGGCAGGUGAUUGUCAUUGUUGUAAUUUAUUAAGCUCUAUUUAUAUAUGCAUCUUUUUUACAGACAUAACACUAGCUUUAGUCUUAUAAUAUAAGCUGAUGAGUUUUCCGUUUGUUUCUUAACAAGAUUAUUAUCGCAGAGCACCGUCCUUGCAAA